UUCAUUUUUGGGGGGGCCUAUAAAAAGCGAAAGCUGAGCGCUGGAUUCGCUCAUAAAGACCGCAAAACUGCAAAAGUCCACUACGGAGUCAAGAGCAAGAAAUCAAGGAUUAGCAUCAUGGUUAGACCCAUCUACCUGACUUUAGCUGCUCUGCUCUGCCUCGCCUGUGCCGUGAGCUCAGCUCCCGUGGCGGGAUCAGGCUCCAGUCUCGAGUUCCCAGCCUCCAGGCAGGCUGUUCAGGAGGAGGAAGUCCAAAACUCUAGCGCUGUUACCAGCGAGGAGUCGGACGACGAUGAGGAGACGGAGGAUUCACACAAGGUGGCCGAUGAUUCUAAAGAGGAUGAUGAUGAAGAGGACGAUGACGAGGAUGAGUCGCUGAUUCGUAGGCGUCGCGAGGUGGAAACCACCGAAGCACCAGAGGAGGAGACCGGAACCGAGACUCCCGUCGAGACAGACAAGGACCAGAAGGUGGACGCCACCACUGCGGCUGCUCCAGUCCGGAAGCCUGUGCUCGUCCUCAUCCGGGAUGCCCUAAAGAAGGUUACCACCGACCUGCCCACCGCCCAGGUGGCCAACAAUGCUCUGCAGUACUUCCAGCAGUUCGAGCACUUUAUCCAGCAGGCUAUUGAGGAAGUAAUCGGCGAUGAUGAUGACGAGGAGGAGACUCCGGUGACCGUCAUUCCCGGGGCCGAAACCGAAGGCGAAGAGAUUAAGAAGCCAGAGGAAGAGAUCACCUCUGAGACUCAGCCCGAGAAGAAUACAGAAGCUGUGGCCAGUCCUGAGAAGGAAACCCCAGAGCCUGCCAAGGUGCCAGAGCAGAUGGCUUCCACGUCCGCCCCUCUGAGCAAUGCUGUCUAGUCUGUUCCGCAGUUCAAGUCCAUAAAAUCUAUUUAUUUUCAUUU